GGGGUUUUUAGAGAGAGAAAGAGAGAGAGAGUCUUCUUUGUCUUCAAGAAAGAGAGAAACUCAUAUAUACAAAUAAAACCCACAAUUCAAAAAAAAAAGAGAGAGAACAUUACAGAUAUAUACAGAAAGAGAAGGAUCGUCCCUUGGGAGAUUAAACACUUGGGAUCGAAUUGGGUUUCUUAACGAGGAGGCCAACUUGUUGGCGGCUGCUUGCCCCUAAAGUUUAGCUGCAGAUCUUGGGGUUCCACGGAAUAAAUUGCUUACUUUAGUGCAUUUAAGAACCUGUCAAGACAAGACAGGAGGAUUCAAGUGCCUGAAUUGCCUUUUGGGUGAUUGUUAUUGAUAUGAUGAGAUAAAAGGGUGGAGAAAGUAACAAGAGUGGUUCAAAGUAGAGACCACUUUACGGUUAACUUGAGGAGGGGGGAAAAAGUGCCAUGUCUCGUUGCUUCCCGUUUCCACCUCCAGGAUAUGAGAAGAAGAUUAGCACCGAUGAAGCAUCAGAUUCUUUGUUAAAGGAAAAACAAAAGAAGGAAAAGAAGCACAAAAAGGAUAAGGAAAGGAAAGAAGGGAAAGAGAAAAAAGAUAAAGAAACAAGCAAAGACAAACACAAGGACCGGAAGGAGAAAAAGGAGAAACAUAAAGACAAGAAAAACAAAGAUCGGGACAAAGGAAAGAGCAGAACAACUUCGGAGGACAGAAAAGCUGUUGUUGGUGUUCUGCAGAACACAGGGGACAAGGAAAAGGUUGUAACAAAUACUGUACUGAAUAAUGGUAAUGGAGAGUCUAAGUUUAUACAGGAUUUGGCAAGGAGGAUCAGAGAUGAAGAAGAAGCUACAGAGAGUAAAAGUGUGGGAAAGAUUAGUAUUCCCAAUGGAGUCAGAGAGAACAACAACCCAAUAUCACAAAACAACCAUAAGAAAGUUGAUGAAAAGAGAAGCUACGCCAUGGAAAGAAGGUCUGAAAAUGGGGUUCUUCGAGUAUCAUCCAGCAGUGAUAAGAAAGGACCAGAUUUUAUGGUUAAAUCAUCGGAGAAAAAGGAGCAGGGGAAGAAAAAGGAACUGCAAGAGAAGAAGAAUCAUUCCAGCGAUAGUGUUACGAAGAGUGAUAACAAAAAUGGACUAAAAUACACAGCAAACAGAAAAAGUGAAGAGGAGAAAACAGAAGCUGUAAACAAAAUUGGUCAUGACAAACCAAAAUAUGGAGAGGGAUGGCCUAGGUUAAAAGACAUAGAUGUAGUAGAUACUAGGAAUUUUAGAGCGCAUGACAGCAAAAAUCUUACCGCGGAGGGAGUUCUUGGCAAGCGGAAGGAUCUUGAGACAAAUGGAUUCUUGCAUGAGAAUGGAUCUAGGCCGAACAAGAUACAGAGGCCAGCUGCUUCUCCAGUAACGUCCGUGGAAAACGGAAGAAAGUUGGGAGCAUGCCAAACUCUUCCUAAACCUGUUACUGAGUUGCAAGGACCAGUGUGUAAUCCAGUGGCCAAGGAGCAUAGAAUUAACGGUUUCAUUGGUUCUCAAGAACCUAAAAGCCGUCCAACGACUUCUUCUGUAAAAGCGAAAGAAAACAGCGAAGCAUCAGCAAAGAAGCGGCCUCAUCCAGACUUGAAGUAUUUGGAUCUGAUACUGAAUGUACCUCAAAGGGAGGAGUUGCAUGAGGUUGGUGAAAAUGAGGAACAAGAGUGGCUAUUUGGUCAUUCUGAGAAAUUAUUAAAGAAGCCAAAAACAGAUUUUACUACUGCUUCAUUGGAUGAGUCUCUGCAAGUCUGGAACCAGGCUCUUAGAUUAGAAUCUACUGAUACUGUAGCUCUUCCAUACGUGGUCCCAUUCUAGUUUGAUGACAUUCUGGUGUUUAUUUACUUCAACCGAGGAGGAAGAUCCUCCCUCAGUUCUCAUUACUCGGUUUAGCAGCCCAAUGACAGGUUGAUGUAAUUGGAGAUGUUGAGGUAUGACUGAGUUUGUCUUCAUGAGAAGAGAUAGGCUUCCCUACAAGAACACGUCAAGUUUAUGUAGGUGUUAGAGUAAGGUCUUUUUCGAGAGUGUGAUUGUUGGAAAUGAGAUUUUCAGACUGUUGCUUCAGUUUUGAUUCUGCUGUGUCAUCAUUAGUUGAUGGGAUUAGCAUUAAGUUGUAUAUUAGAGGGGAUAUAGAAUAUGGGGGGAGAGAUCUUAUAAUUUACCCACUAAUACAUUACAUUUACACUGGUUUCCCUUCUUCUUGGAAUCAAAAUCAUUCUUGGAAUCCAAACAAAUCUUCAUCUUCAUUGUUUACUGAUUGCUUUUCUUUUGAAAGUGAGACACUUAAGCAUUGUCCAUGUU